GGCGGCAUGGGGUGGCGUAGGCGCCUGCGGCGGGGAGCCGCGGCGCCGGUGCCAGGGAGCCGCGCGGGGCCUGUGCGAGUGCCGGCGCCGGCCAUGGGCGUGUGCGUGCGUGCGGUGCUGCGGGUGCUGGUGCUGCAGGCGGCCUGGGCGCUGGGAGGCGGCCAGCUGCGCUACUCGGUGCCGGAGGAGGCCGAGGGCGGCACGGUGGUGGGUCGCCUGGCGCAGGACCUGGGCCUGGAGGCGGGCGAGCUGGAGGCGCGUCGGCUGCGGCUGGCGGCGAAGGGCCGGCGGGCGAGCGUGGAGGUGAGCGGGGCGAGCGGGGCGCUGGUGGUGAGCUCGCGGCUGGACCGGGAGGAGCUGUGCGGGAAGAGCGCGCCGUGCGCCCUGCGCCUGGAGGUGCUGCUGGAGCGGCCGCUGCGCGUCUUUCACGUGGAGCUGGAGGUCACCGACAUCAACGACAACGCGCCGCUCUUCCCCGCCGCCCGCAAAAACCUCAGUGUCGCGGAGUCCUUAACGUUGCCGGGCUCGCGCUUCCCGCUGGAGGGCGCGUCGGACGCAGAUAUCGGAGCCAACGCGCAGCUCUCCUACAAACUCAGCCCGAGCGAGCAUUUCGCUCUGGAGCUGCAAAAGAACGAGAAGUACAGUGAAUCGUUAUUUCUGGUGCUGUCGAAGGCUCUGGACCGGGAGGCGAUGCCUGUGCACCGGCUGCUGCUGACGGCGAGUGACGGGGGCAGACCGUCGCUGUCGGGCACCAUGGAGCUGGUGGUCUUGGUGCUGGAUGUGAACGACAACGCACCCGAGUUCAACCAGUCGGUCUAUAGUGCGCAUUUAUCAGAAGAUGCCUCAGAGGGGACACUGGUGUUGUGCGUGAGCGCCACGGAUCCGGAUGAGGGAAUUAACCAUGAAAUGGCGUACACAGUCAAAAACGUAAAUCCUGAAAGUGGAAUGGACCUGUUCGCAUUAGAUCCGAGCACAGGGCAGAUGAGGCUCGCGGGUCCCCUGGAUUUUGAGGACAUUCGUCUGUACGAGAUACAAGUGGAAGCGAAAGACCGGGGUUCGCCUCCGUUGUCGGGACACUGCAAGGCGGUGGUGGAGGUGCUGGACGUGAACGACAACGCGCCGGAGGUGUGGGUGACGUCGCUGUCGGUGCCGGUGCCGGAGGACGCGGCGCUGGGCACGGUGGUGGCGCUGCUGAGCGUGUCGGACCGGGACUCGGGGGCGAACGGGCGCGUGCGGUGCGCGGUGUGGCCGGCGGCGCCGUUCGGGCUGGUGGCGACGUUCGAGGGCUCGUACUCGCUGGUGCUGCGGGAGGCGCUGGACCGUGAGCGGGUGGCGGAGUACGAGGUGGAGGUGCGGGCGGAGGACGGCGGGGCGCCGCCGCUGCGGGCGAGGCGCGGGCUGCGGGUGCCGGUGUCGGACGUGAACGACAACGCGCCGGCGUUCGCGCAGGCCGUGUACACGGUGCUGGCGCGGGAGAACAACGCGGCGGGCGCGGAGCUGGCGCGGCUGUGGGCGCGGGACCCGGACGAGGCGGGCAACGGGCGCGUGAGCUACUCGCUGGCGGAGGGCGUGGCGGGGGGGGCGUCGCGCUCGGCGUCGAGCUACGUGUCGGUGGAGGCGGAGAGCGGGCGUCUGUGGGCGCUGCAGCCCUUGGACUACGAGGAGGUGCAGGUGCUGCAGUUCGAGGUGCGCGCGGUGGACGCGGGGGAGCCGGCGCUGUGCGGCAACGCCACGGUGCAGCUCUUCGUCGUGGACGAGAACGACAACGCGCCGGCGCUGCUGCCGCCGGCGGGCGGCGGCGCGGGGCCCUGGGCGGGCGGCGCGUCGGGGUCGGCGUCGGCGGGGCCGUCGGCGUCGGCGUCGCUGUGGGCGUGGGCGGCGUGGGGGUGGCCGGCGGGGCAGGUGGUGGCGAAGAUCCGCGCGGUGGACGCGGACUCGGGCUACAACGCGUGGCUGCGCUACGAGCUGCGGGAGCCGCGGGGCAAGGGCGCGUUCCGCGUGGGGCUGUACAGCGGCGAGGUGAGCACGGCGCGGGCGCUGGAGGAGGCGGACGGCCCGGGGCAGACGCUGCUCAUCGUGGUGCGGGACCACGGCGAGCCGGCGCGCUCGGCCACGGCCACGCUGAGCGUGUCGCUGGGCGAGGGCGGCGAGGCGGCGCUGGCGGCGGCGGCGGCGGGCGCGGGCUCGUCGUCGUCGGGGCUGCGGCCGGCGGCGGGCGCCGAGGGCGGCGGCGGCGGCGCGGCGGCGACGGCGACGAACGUGUGGCUGGUGGUGGCCAUCUGCGCGGUGUCGAGCCUCUUCCUGCUGGCGCUGGUGCUGUACGGGGCGUGGCGGUGGGCGCCGCGGGCGGCCGUGCUCUCGGGGCCCGGGCCGGCGACGCUGGUGUGCGCCAGCGAAGUGGGCAGCUGGUCGUACUCGCAGCGGCAGAGCCGGAGCCUGUGCGUGGCGGACGGCGCGGGCAAGAGCGACCUCAUGGUUUUCAGCCCCAACUUCCCGCCGCCCGCCGGCGGCGCGGCGAAGGAGACGCCGCAGGAUCCGCCCGCUCUGCUGGACACGCCAAAACACCCUAAUCCUGACUGGCGUUACUCUGCGUCCCUAAGGGCAGGAAUGCAAAGUGCUGUGCAUAUGGAGGAGGCAGGAGUCUUACGUGGAGGACCAGGAGGGCCUGAUCAGCAGUGGCCGACAAUCUCCAGUGCUACUCCAGAACCUGAAGCAGGAGAGGUGUCCCCCCCAGUGGGAGCUGGUGUGAACAGCAACAGCUGGACCUUUAAAUUUGGACCGGGCAAUCCCAAACAAGGUGGUCCUGGUGAGUUGCCAGACAAAUUCAUUAUCCCAGGAUCUCCUGCAAUCAUCUCCAUCCGGCAGGAGCCGCCAAACAGCCAAAUUGACAAAAGUGACUUCAUUACCUUUGGCAAGAAGGAGGAGACCAAGAAAAAGAAGAAAAAGAAGAAGGGAAACAAGACUCAGGAGAAAAAAGAAAAGGGGAACAGCACCACUGAGAACAGUGACCAGUGAGGGGUUUAUACUGAAAGAACCCACUUAGCCAGUUUUUGUAAUAAUGGCAGAUUUCUCCUAUGUAGCAACUCCCAACUUCUUCCUACUGUUAACAAAUUUCCUGUAUGUACAGACUUCAGAAAAUCAGCAGGAAAUUCACAGUGUCUGUCUAAAUUGCUUAACAGGUUUUGUCUUAAAAGCUUUAUUAAGUCUGGUGUUAACUCUUUUUCUCCACUCUGGCUUGUUUUCAGAAUCUAAAAAGCAGACACAAGUUUCCUUUCUCCUACGCCGAAAAGGAGAAUCUUCACAGUACAGCCAGUGAGAGGUUGGACUCUCUGCACUGUGGUUCCUGUCCUCCUGUCUUGAUGAGACUUAUAGACAGGUUUAAAAGUUUUAAUAUUGUGCACCCUAUAUCUGAUUGGAAAUAUUUGUGUGCAGAUGUCAGCUAGGUGAUGUGAGAUCAGAUUGUAAGAUGCAAGAAGAGCUGAUAAAUAUGCAACAGAGGAAACACCUAAAGAACAAAAAUGUUCCAAGAUGUUCGGGCUGGGGAGGAAAUGUCUGAAAGGAGACGACCAGACUUUUCAAAUCUAGAGAAGUAGCUGUGUGGGAAUACUGAAUCCUGUACAUGACGUAUUGUACACACUCUUGCAAAUUAAACCUCACAUUUACAGCUCUUUAAGAUACCAUAAAUUAUAUCUCUUUCCAAGCCAUUGGGAAUAUUGUCCCUUAAAGCCCUGCAUUACCCUGGCAAGGCUAGCCCUCAGAGUGUAAGAAGGGCAGGGCUGACAUCCCAGGAAUGUAACUGACUGUGAUGCUCUGUGUCCCUAUUUCCACUCUAACAUUAUUUUGCACAUUAUGUCUCUGAAAAGGUCAGAGGUUUUCCACGACACAUAUGCAAAAGAGAGAGAAAAGAAACGUUGACUAUGCUAUUUGUUGUUUAAGAUAUUUAUUUAUAAAGAAAUAUAGCUGUAAAUGUAAAAAAGAUGCCCUUUAACCCAAACAGAAGUCAGACUAGAGCCAUUAUAAAUUAAAUUGCUGCUAUUAAAGUGCUUUAGAAAAAUUGCCUGAAACAUCUGUAUUAUAUCGGCCACUUGCCAAUAACAGCUUUAUUCUGUCGGGUCACUUGGGGGCUGCCUCUUGCAUGUAUUAAUAAAUACAAUAAUUUUGUUUUGCAUUAAUAUGCACUUUGAAUACACAUUUGCAAACAAAUUGUCCUAUUAUGAAGAAACAGAAGCAAACUCCUCACAAAUGGAUUUACUAACCUGCUAGCUCUGUGCAGUACUUUGGUGUUACCUCCCACACGCCCUUUUCUGAUUUUAGUUUUACUUUUAUAUAAGAUUAUGAAUUGCUGACCCUACUAACACUCAUUAUGUAAAAUUCAAGUACUGUAUGUAUGCUGUAUGCUCUUAUAGGAAUCCUGAAAUAUUUAUUCUGUGCUUGUGUAUGUGAAUGUCAAUGCAACUAUUAUUAGGGUGGACUUUAAGCUUUACUGUUGAAUGUAAAUCCAUUAUUUCUUUUUUUGUACACUUGUGAGAAGGUGGAGUAGUGUUAAUUUUUUAAGCCACUGUUGAUUAUCAGUUUUUGUGUAUGAAACACAAGUAAAAUAUCUUUCUUAAAUCGA